UCUCGAAAUUCGGCAUUGACACUUCAACAUUUUGUUGACAGGUGCCCGGCAGCAAUAAAACUACGGGAAUGAAUUUCGUGCUUCGCUCUAUUUCAUACAAGUUAUUCGUUCUUAUUUCUACUCCAGUAAAUUAAGGCUGCGAUAUUUUGCUCAUGCAGGUAAAUUGCAGUUUGGUCAGUGAAACAUGAUUUGCUAUAGUUGUGGUGAAGAGAAACUUUCUAAAGAAUUUCCACAGGAACAUCUCACGGAGGAAUGUGCUGAAGUACAUCCAUUGCUGCAUUGUCUUAGAUGUGUAACAGCAUCGGUACGAGACCACCAAAAAUGUUCCCAAUGUGAUUCCCGAGUUACUGAACACAAUAUGCAGUAUACACAAUAUGUCCAAGCUUUGGAAUUUCUUUUCCCCCCAAUCGGCGCUGGUGAUGACAGUAAAACAGUUCGUCAAUCUCAUGACGUCGCAUCAAAAUCUCACUUGUUUAUAACCACCCUUUCUGAAGAAUGCCAUAUAGUUGACUAUGACCCAAAUCAAACUAUUACCGAUCUGAAAUUUAUUGUUGAACAAAAUUUAAAGACGCCUCGUAACGAACAACGGCUGUGGUAUAACGACUUGGAGUUAAAGGAAACAGGGAAACACAAAAGACUUCUUAAGUUAAAAGAUUACGAUGUUCAGCCAAACAGCACUAUAUAUUCUACUUGUCAUUCUUCCGGAAAAGAAGAUUCAACUAGUGUGACGUUUACUGCAUUAAAUAAAAUGAAAGGUUAAGAUAAGUAAAGGAUAUUUACGUAAUUAAACAAGGCAAAGAAGUUAAACGUGCUUCUGGACAUCGAUAAAAAACUUACCAUUGCAUGCAUGCAGUUGUUGCUACUAAUAAAGAUAACUUGUUCGAAA